GAAUCAGUAGCCCGCCGAGCAGGAUUAACCAUAGUUUGUGCUCCGUAAGUUUCCCAUCCUUUCCCAAUCUUAAUGGAAUUUUCCGAUUUUUCAUCUUCGAUUUACUAAUGUCAAAUCUUGCUAAAUCGUUUGAGCAGCAGGGAGGAGAGCUUCUAGAGGAGCGGUAUUUGUUAUUUAAUCUAAAAGAUGAAGUUCAACAUUGCCAAUCCCACCACUGGGUGCCAGAAGAAGCUUGAAAUUGAUGAUGAUGCUAAACUCCGAGCAUUUUGGGACAAGAAGAUAUCACAAGAAGUUAGUGGAGAUGCGUUGGGUGAGGAGUUUAAGGGCUAUGUUUUCAAAAUAACUGGAGGAUGUGACAAACAAGGGUUUCCAAUGAAGCAGGGAGUGUUAACUCCCGGCCGUGUCCGUCUCUUGCUGCACAGAGGAACUCCAUGCUUCCGAGGCUAUGGAAGAAGGAAUGGAGAGAGGAGAAGGAAGUCUGUUCGUGGCUGCAUUGUCAGUCCAGACCUCUCUGUUCUUAACUUAGUUAUUGUGAAGAAAGGUGAGAAUGAUCUUCCAGGAUUGACUGACAUUGAGAAGCCAAGGAUGAGAGGGCCAAAAAGGGCUUCAAAGAUUAGGAAGUUGUUUAACCUUUCCAAGGAGGAUGAUGUUCGUAAAUACGUCAACACGUACCGCAGAACCUUUACAACCAAAGCUGGCAAGAAGGUGAGCAAAGCUCCCAAAAUUCAGAGGUUGGUUACUCCCUUGACUUUACAAAGGAAGCGAGCAAGGAUUGCAGACAAGAAGAAGAGAAUAGCCAAGGCCAAGGCAGAGGCCGCUGAAUAUCAAAAGCUGCUUGCCAGCCGGUUGAAGGAGCAGCGUGAACGCCGCAGUGAGAGUUUGGCUAAGAGGAGAUCUAAGCUCUCUGCUGCAUCUAAGCCAUCAGUUACCGCUUAAUCUCUCAUAUUCAUGUUCAGUCUCCGUAUUGUUCCUGUGGGAUGAAUGAAUUAUUAAAAUGUCAUUUGUUUUAAGUAGACUUUAUCCUUCUUGCGUUUAGAUGAAUUAUUGAAAUGUCAUAUUAGUUUUGAAUAGACUUCAUCCUUCUUGAGUUUAGUACUUUUGCGGAGGUAAGCUAUAUGAUCAACUUUUGAAUUUUUUUGUUGUAUUUGUUGCUGCUGGAUUGUUGUUGUUGGAAACUGGAUACAAUUUUUCAUGAGCUGAUGGUGAUCUGUUCGUGUUCUAA